UUUCACCACCAUGGGCAGAGGAGAGACAAAUGCAAAGAAGCGGAAACGCCAGUCUGAAGCCAAGGUUCUUCCCAAUGGCAAGUCCUCGAGUAACCCCGCAGAGCUCGACACGACCAAGCCAACUGCGGUCUUUAAGCCCACCAAAGGUAGAGAAUGGACGGUGAGCGUUGCUCUACCUGGCAGUGUAAUUGCCAACGCACAAUCCCAUGAACUAAGAACCUCCCUCUGCGGUCACAUAGCCCGCGCCCUCUCCGUCUUCUGUGUCGACGAAAUUGUAGUCUUCUCAGACGGCCACACCCAAAAGAAGCAUCAUAAUCACAUCCAAUCCCAUGCCCACCAACCAGAUUCCUCACAGGAUGUAUACACAGGCACCUCCGACCCUGACCACUUCCUCAUCCACCUGCUAAGCUACCUCGAAACGCCGCCACAUCUACGAAGACUCCUUUUCCCUAUGCACGCGAACCUACGAACGGCGGGCACAUUACCGAGUUUAGAUUUACCACACCAUUUGAAGCCGGAUGAGUGGUGUGUGUAUCGAGAAGGAGUUACAUUACCAGGAGCAGAUGAACAUGGCACGUUUGUGGAGGCGGGGCUGAGGAUCCCGGUCACGGUUGAGGAACAAAUACCAGAGAAUACGAGAGUGACGUUGAAGUUCAGACCGGGUGCAGAAGAGGCACAUAAGGGCGCCAAUAACGAUGUGAUUCCUGCGGAUCCAGUCAGCCCUGACGAGCCGAGAGAAGAGAGUGGGUAUUAUUGGGGAUUUAAUGUGAGGAAAGCAGGGAGUUUGAGUGAUGUAUUCACGGAGUGUGUGUACGGGGGUGGAUAUGAUGUUACGAUCGGGACGUCCGAAAGAGGAGUACCUCUGGAGACAAUAUAUGAGGAGAAGGAAGGACGAAUACCGGGCAAGUUCAAGCACUUGCUCAUUGUAUUUGGAGGUGUUGCUGGAUUGGAAGUGGCAGUCAAAAAUGAUGAGGAAUUGAAAAAACUCGGGGUUGUGGAGGCGAAGGAUGUGUUCGAUAAGUGGAUCGAUGUUUGUCCUGGACAGGGGAGCAGAACUAUCAGGACCGAGGAGGCUGUGUGGAUUGGCUUGAUGGGGCUGAGAAGACUAAUAGUCAACAAUGAGUGAAUCACUUCGCGAGAAGCUGUGUGACGAUUCAUGAACUCGAGGAAGACAUGCAAGCGGGGUUAUUUACACCCGGAUGUGACCCUACGUCUUACACUUUGUCAGUGAGCCGGGAUAUUUGGGCAAACUCAUCGAUCUGAACGUCCAUCUACUCUGUCUAAUCCACAUACCUUCUCUAAAACCCAACAAUUUCAAGAAUUGUCUGUCCAGCAGGCACUCGUAAAUUCGUUUUAAAAGCGUCUAACCAGCAGAACUUCCAUGCCUGCCUCAAACACUUCUAUUGAAAGUCGGGGUUAAAGCAGACCUGAG